CUGUUCCUAGCGGAUGGACAGAAAUCAGCCCUACGAUCUUUGCAGUUUUUGUGAUUACAGUACCACUCCGUGUGCCCACUAGAGUUGGGACCCUGCACUCCGAUUCCUUGGAUGUGGAGAAUGACGCCCGUUCCAUUUCCCUCUUAUCCCUGUCAUAUCGAGGAUGCUGACUGCGUACCAUCUUCCCUUACUCCUCCUUCACCUCCCAUGGCCCAUGCUUCCACGCCAAUUUCAGAGUAUGGCCGUCUCAGAUUUUGCAAACAAAGUUUCAAAGCUGCUUGUGAAGAUGCGAAUUGUACGAAGGAAACAACCAGGUGGAACACAUCGCCGACCGAUGCAGAGCGUGAUGCAAGGGAUGAUGCACACCAUGCGCCUUCACGCGCUAAUUACCGAGCCAAAGUUGAUUGACGCUCAGCCCAAACCCAACUCUAAAGUUGACUUGAAGCACAAGCGGGAUUGCAACGAGUGGUCCUGUAGUAGGAUGAAGCAAGGGUAGCUUGACCAGGUUUGCUCAACUCCUCGGGUAACGCAAAGUACCACUGGCCUGGUUGGUAUCUCUUUCU